AUGGUUCGAGAUGGGGAAUCGGAGUUUUUCGCGUCCGGCGACUUUGCUUCGUACCACCACCAAGUCCCUUCGCCGUUCGUGGUCCCGUCAUCGUCGCCGCACAGAUAUCGCGUAGGCCUACCGAUGUCAACCAGGCAAAACAAGAAACAGCGCAAAGGGCGCAACAACGCCAACAACCGCGAGCGGACCGUCACGACGCUCACAGAGGACCCGAACACGCCGUACCUCGUCCCGACCCCCAGCGAGGAGCCAGCAGGCACACACAUGCCCGCCUCUUUUCCAGGCACCAACGGCGGAAAACUGCACAACGUCACGAUGGGCCCACAGGCUUACCAAAUGCCCAGCAGUUUUGGGUUCGGAUAUGGGCCGUACCCUCCUCCUAUGACCAUGCACCAGCAGCCACAGCAGAACCAGGCCUUCUUCUCGCCCCAGCAGCCGCCAGCACACCAGCAACCCGAGCAGAACACCCAGUUUCAGAGCCCGAAUCAGCAGACGAAACCUCAGCUGCCACCUGGCAAGAACGACCUCGAGAUACUGCAGAACCUCAAGAAGCUCAUUAUCGAGAACCAGCAUCCCUUCUUUCGUGCUGUUCCUCAGCCAGCAACUCUCGCAAGUCUCUACAAGGGCCCUCUUACCUCGCAGUCUCAGCCCCAGCGUCGAACGGAGCAGGCGUCUACGGAAUUUCGGAACGAUUCUGGUGAUUCUGGACCUGAGAAUGGCAGACGGCAGCAGCGGAACGGGCAAGGCAAAGAUAGGAGGAACACUGGGCCCACAAACGGUGGCGGGAAUCAAAACAGCUCGCACGCUCAAGGGCAUCGUACCAAUAACUCUGGCGGUAGUAAUCUCCUGUCAAACCUCAAUCUUGCGAGCCUCAAGACAGGCAAGAUUGCUCCUGGGCCUCUGACAGCUAGCCCCCAGUCUGACCCUCGUUCUGCUGAUUCUCAAUCGCAUUCAAGGGGCUACAACGUUUCAAAUGACAGAAAAGCAGCUGAGAAUCGCCCUCGUGGUCCUCCAGUGAAAACUGAACCUGGUGCUGAUGAUGCUAACCUGAAUGACCGUGAUAACAGAGCUCCUGGACCGGCAGAUGACCCUAUGGAUGGUACGACCACCUGGAGAAACGGUUAUGAUGAUUCCCGCCCGAUAACCUGGGGCAACCUCCCCGACGACUGGGCCACAAAUUAUUCGCGCUACGCCGGGCGUCGUCCCGAGAAUGAAGGUAUUCCGGCCUCCGAUUCUGUUGAUCCUCGUCCUUCUGGAGGCCCUGACCACGAAGCUGGUCCUCCUGAUGCCUACGACCGCGAUCGGCGUAGCUGGGGCGCUCAGAACGAGCGAGAUCGUUACCCUGCUCAAGAUCGCGACCGCGAUAGGCGGCCGACUGAUGCUCCUCAACGUAGACUUUCCGCUGCUUCAGAACAGCAGCAUCCGUACGACACGGACCAGCACCCUCCUCCUGUCCGAAGACCACCAGAGGAGUCCUCUGGGGAUGCUCGUCGUCCAUCAGACCCUGCUCGCCCACCACUUGAUGUUGCCUCGCGCAAACAGCAGCCAGGCCACGCCCUUGUAACUGAACCCGUCCCACCUAGUCCUAAUCGGCCGCCCAUGAGCGAUGCUCGUGUGGAUCCUCGCGGCCCUCCGCGCCAAAUGCCUACUGAUAACGAAGAUGUGAAGUCGUCCAGAGCCUCCUCGGUCCGACCCGUAGACAAUUCUGCUGUCUCUCUUGGUUCCGCCCCGCCCGCAUCUGCCUCGUCUGAGAAUGCCACACCUGUUGACAGCCUUCCGCCUUCCGUCGCUGGCCAAACGAAUCCUCCUUCCCUGAAAGACCGUAUGAAUCCACCAUCUCGCCAGCCCAGUGAAACGACUGUUGGAGCACACAUAGAGCAUCAUCUCCCUGGUCCUCCGCCCCCUACAGGCAAUUCCUACGGUGGUGGUAGUGGUGGGCAUCAGCCUCGCAACAAGAAACGGUUCAAUAAGGACGGUGGUGCUCCUCCUCGAACUGGAGAUAGGCAGAACUACCGCCCUGGUGGCGGCCCGGGCCCCGGUAGCAGAUCAUACCGUCCUCGCUCUCCUUCUCUCGACGGUCGAAACAAAGGUCCUCCGUCACCCAGCGGCGCUCGUGGACGUGAUUACCGUGGAGGUGGUGGUCCGCCUCCUCCACGAGAUCUGUCCCGAGAUCGUCCUGGUCCUGGCGGAACAUCGUACAGACCGGAUUAUGAUGACCCACGUUACGGAGACGGCAGGCCGCCGUUCAGAGAUUAUUCGCCCCCGCCGCCAGAUCGUGCUGGUCGUCCGUACUCGCCGCCGCCUUCCUCGGGCGGACGUGGGCCGCCCACGGGUGGGCCUGAGCCGCCGAAAGACUGGGGCUAUGGAUACGGCCCACGUCGCGAUUGGGCCCCGGCAGACGACGACCCAUAUUAUAACAAACGGUAUUAUGAGAACGUUCCUCCUGUAGCUGGAGAUAGAACCUAUGAGUAUCCUCCGCCAAGAUGGGAUUCGAGAGAUCGCGACUUUGGACGAGAUGCCUACCCCCCUGGCCCUCCAGACGACCGCUACCCCAUUCGCGAUGCUGCUGAUCGUGAACGUCCUCCACCCCCUGGUGGGUACAACAACGCCCCAUAUAACCGCGUCCGCCGCGCAGCCCAAGCCCUCUCCGGCGCGGCUCUGGCCCGCCACCCAUCGACGACGGGCGCCCGCCAAUGA